UCACCAUAUCACUCUCUCUCACACACACAACACAAACGUUAAACAAAACCAUGUUCCAUGUUCUUCGUCUUCUACCUCCAAAAUCAAAUACUUUUCUCGACCUUUAAAACUUUCCCACAACAUUAUACCAGAAAAAGUUGGAUCCUUCUUUCUGAUCUUCUCUCUAUCUCUCACUUCAAAUUUGCUUAUCGUGAUGAAAAUUCCAACUGGGAUAGGGUUCUUUCUUGCCUUAAUUUCUUCAAUCUUCAUCUUGGUUCAUUCUCAGACUAACCCAACAGAUUCCGAUGUGAUGAUAUCUUUAAAGAAGAGCUUAAACCCGUCUCCUGAACUUGGUUGGUCCGACCCAGAUCCUUGCAACUGGAAACAUAUUAGCUGCUCUGAUGAUAAACGGGUCACCCGUAUUCAAAUCGGGCAUCAGAAUCUUCAAGGUACUCUCUCCCCUAAUCUCUCUUAUCUAACUCGACUUGAGAGAUUAGAGCUUCAAUGGAACAACAUUUCAGGGCCAUUACCCACUUUGAGAAACUUUACUUCAUUACAAGUUAUAAUGCUUAGUAAUAACCAGUUUACUUCAAUUCCUUCUGAUUUCUUCUCCGGCAUGACGUCACUACAAUCCGUUGAGAUUGAUAAUAACCCGUUUUCGUCUUGGGAAUUACCCGAAAGUCUCCGUGAUGCCUCGACGUUGCAGAAUUUCUCGGCAAAUAAUGCCAAUAUCACUGGAAAAAUACCCGAUUUCUUUGGUCCGGAUGAGUUUCCGGGUCUUGUGAAUCUGCAUUUGGCUUUCAAUUCGUUGGAUGGAGGAUUACCAUCUAGCUUUUCCGGUUCACAAAUUGAAUCCAUUUGGGUAAACGGGCAAAAGAGUGAUAGUAAGCUCACCGGAGAUAUAGAUGUUAUUCAGAACAUGACGUUUCUAAAAGAAGCUUGGUUUCACUCAAAUGGGUUUUCGGGUCCAUUGCCUGAUUUCUCGGGUUUGAUGAAUUUGGAGAGUUUGAGUCUUAGGGAUAAUCACUUCACCGGUCCUAUUCCUUUGUCUUUGAUGAAUCUCACUUCCUUAAAGAUUGUCAAUUUGACUAAUAACAUGUUUCAAGGACCAACUCCUAAGUUUGCGAAUUCGGUUUCUCUCGAUUUAUCCGACGAUACCAACAGCUUUUGCCUGCCCGAACCGAUUGACUGCGACCCGCGUGUGAACACAUUGCUAUCCAUCGCCAAAUCCACGGGUUAUCCUGAAAGAUUAGCCGAGAAUUGGAAGGGAAAUGACCCUUGUUUGAAUUGGUUCGGAAUAACUUGUAACAACGGGAAUAUUACUAUAGUAAAUUUCGAGAAAAUGGGUCUAAACGGGUCAAUUUCGCCCGAUUUCGCCUCGCUCAAGUCCCUUCAAAGGCUAGUUCUUGCCGAUAACAAUUUCACGGGCACCAUCCCGCAAGAGCUCUCUGCAUUGCCAUCCCUAGCCGAAAUCGACGUAUCGAACAAUCGCCUUCACGGGAAAAUCCCAUCUUUUCGGAGCAAUGUGAUCGUGAACACAAAUGGUAAUCCCGAUAUCGGAAAGCCAGAGGAUAAUUCCGCCACACCCGGAUCUUCGUCGAAUGAUAACAACGGGUCUAAAAAAGGACCCGGGUCGAGAAACGGGUCAGAACAGUCCAAGAAUUGGAUUGGAAUCGUCGUGCUCUCGAUUCUUGGUGCUAUCAUCUUGACAUUAUUAAUCGGUUUAACUGUUUUUUGUUUCUACAAGAGAAAACAAAAGCGGUUCAGCCAAGUUCAGAGCCCAAACGCGAUGGUAAUCCACCCCCGCUUCUCGGGAUCAGACAACGACAGCGUGAAGAUAACCGUGGCGGGCUCGAGCGUGAGCGUGGGCGCAAUGAGCGAAACGCACGCAUUUCCCGGGAGUGAAAGCGGGGACAACAUUCAAAUGGGGGAGAGCACGAGUAACAUGGUAAUUUCCAUCCAAGUGUUGAAGAACGUUACUAACAACUUUAGCAAAGAAAACAUAUUGGGACAAGGCGGUUUCGGCACGGUUUACAAAGGGGAAUUGCACGACGGGACAAAAAUCGCGGUUAAGAGAAUGGAAUCGGGUGUUAUUACGGGCAAAGGGUUGUCGGAGUUCAAGUCGGAGAUCGCGGUUUUGACUAAGGUUAGACAUAGGAACCUGGUGGCUCUCUUAGGUUAUUGUUUGGAUGGAAAUGAGAAGUUGCUUGUGUAUGAAUACAUGCCUCAAGGAACACUUAGCCGUCAUUUGUUUAGUUGGGCGGUUGAAGGAAUUAAACCGUUAGAAUGGACAAGAAGAUUGACUAUAGCUUUGGAUGUGGCUAGGGGAGUUGAGUAUCUUCAUAAUUUGGCUCAUCAAAGCUUCAUUCAUAGAGAUUUGAAGCCUUCCAAUAUUCUUCUUGGCGAUGAUAUGAGGGCGAAGGUUGGGGAUUUUGGUCUAGUUCGUCUCGCACCCGAAGGGAAAGGUUCCAUUGAAACUCGAAUAGCCGGAACCUUCGGUUAUCUUGCUCCCGAGUAUGCAGUGACUGGCCGAGUUACAACUAAGGUCGACGUGUUCAGUUUUGGAGUAAUCUUGAUGGAGUUGAUAACGGGAAGGAAAGCAUUGGACGAGAGCCAACCGGAGGAGAGUAUGCAUCUAGUAACAUGGUUCCGAAGAAUCCAUCUUAACAAGGAUGGUUUUAGGAAAGCGAUUGACCCUUCCAUAGACGCGACCGAGGAUGAAGUGUUUGCAAGUAUAAGCACGGUGGCUGAGCUCGCGGGACAUUGUUCCGCCAGGGAGCCAUACCAGAGGCCCGACAUGGGGCACGCGGUGAAUGUACUUUCGUCGCUUGUGGAGAUUUGGAAGCCGUCGGAUCAGAACUCCGACGACAUAUACGGCAUAGACUUUGACAUGUCAUUGCCGCAGGCUCUUAAGAAAUGGCAAGCGUUUGAAGGGAGAAGUCAAAUGGAAUCGACUUCUUCGUCGUCGUUUCUUCCUAGCAUGGAUAACACGCAAACGAGCAUACCUACUCGACCGUAUGGAUUCGCGGAGUCGUUUAAUUCGUUGGAUGGGAGGUGAUAUAUUGUUAGAUGAUUUGUGUCCAUUAUUGUGUGUUUGAUUGUUUCUUAGUUGCUAGUUUUGUUAAGGUUUGAAGUGAUGUUGAUUUGGAUCAUGAUUCCUUGUUUGGUUUUAGUGCAAAACUAGAAAAGAUAAGAAAUAUUUGUGA